CAGGUCCCGACCGGGAGCCAAAAUUUACGAUUGCAUCCAAACCAGGCUAUUCAUGUUUGCAUCUUGGCUAAUACCAUCUUCCGGUCGGCGUUUAAUACAUGGGAUGCAAGUUGGUUGUUCACUUCAUUGUUGGUUCUUUUUCCUCCAUAAGUGGUUUUUUUGUUUGCUUGGAAACGGAGUUGCCGGCGUUCAUCUCCUGUCAAUGGAGGCGCAACGAGGGUGUGUUUGUUUUUUUCCACCUUUUCAGAUCGCACUUUACCUCAUUUCUUAUAGCGGCUCUGGAUACUCGCUCAUGGCUUAGGCGGUCCAAUGUACCAGGAACGGUAUGAUAUGAGA